AACUAUAUACCACGUCCAGAGUUUACUACUGCUGCUCUAAACAUGGGUGAUCAAGCUACUGCUGUUCGUGCAAAUCUUUCAGAGAAAUUUGUGAUGUUAGUGGGUAAACUUACAGGUCUUGAAAGGAGGAUUGAGAGCAUCGAUAGUCGUGGUGGUAGCGAUAGUAACCCCCAGAUGUCCUCAGAGAUUUCCUUGAUGCGUGAUAGAAUCUCGACUCUCGAGCAGCAAUUACGAGACAAUUCCUCAACUAUAAUACGAUUUCGUGAGCGCUUAGAUCAAAAUGACGAAUCACUUGCGAGAAACACAGUUAAGAUUACGGACCUUGAAUCUCAACGUGGUUCGCGUACACUUGGGUCGAAUCAUUCCAUACACAGCUACAAUGGUACGUUACUGUGGAAAAUUGAUAACUUCAAUCGAAAGAGACAGGACGCCAUUAAUGGUAUCAAAACAGCCUUGUACAGUCCACCAUUCUACAGUUCUGAAAAUGGUUACAAGAUGUGUGGUAAGAUCUAUAUGAAUGGUGAUGGUUUUGGAAAAGGAACUCAUUUAGCUUUGUUCUUUGUUGUCAUGAAAGGUGAUUACGAUGCACUUCAAGCAUGGCCAUUUCAAAAAAAGAUCACGAUGAUGUUAAUCGAUCGUGAAAAUGGUGAUCACAUGAUUGAUGCUUUUCAUUCAGAUCCUCAAAGUUCCUCGUUUCAGCGACCAAAGUCAGAUAUGAAUAUCGCCUCUGGAUCACCUCUUUUUAUGCCAUUGGAAAGUUUAAAAAAUCGCCAGUACAUUAAAGAUGAUGCAUUGUUUAUAAAAAUGAUUAUUGACUAGAAAGGUUGGAGAUGAGUAGGGAUAGAUCCAGAGAGUGGUUGCAAAACAGAGCAUUUACUUUGAUGGACGAAAGAUUUUUAACAUUCGCCAAUUUGAAACUAAGUUACUAAAAGAGCGCACAGAGUUUAUGUCCUUCAUUUUUUAUCAUUUUCAAUAUUAAUUUUUAGCUAGCAUCAUGGGCGUAUAAUUUCUAGUUUAGUAAGGUAUUUUUUUAUUAAUUUACAGAAAACUUUUUCUCCAUGUAUCUUAACUUGCCUGCUCCAAACUCAUUU